UACUUUUCCAGUUGGCGUCCAAAUAUGGCUCCACAUGACGCAGGUCAGCGCGGUCAUUAUUUGGACGAAGAAAAUACUGAGCUGGAGGGCCACAAUGAUUCUAGUGGUCCCUUCGUUGUGAGCUCCUCUGAGUAUGCUGAAAAUCGUGGAACAAGUGUUCUUGGUGGGGUAUUUUUGAUUAUUAAUGCGGCACUGGGUGCUGGCUUGCUGAAUUUCCCGGAAGCGUAUGCCAAAGCUGGCGGUGUAGGUGUUGCAAUGGGAAUACAGGUUGGUUUAUUAUUUUUCAUUGGAGCAUCGUUGCUGAUUUUGGCGUGGUGCUCUGACUGUGGGGGAUUCGUUUCAACUUACCAAGAUGUUAUGCGGAUAUGUGGAAUCCACUGGCAACGUGCUGCUUCUAUUUGCGUAAUUUUAUAUUGUUACGGAACUUGCGUAACGUUUCUGAUCAUCAUUGGGGACCAAAGCGAUAGAGGUUUGUCCGUUUUGGCGCAUAACGCUUCAUUGUCAGGAGCUCUUGAAUUUUUGUCUUCAGUUUUUGUAUCCAUUUGGGGCUUGGAUUUUUGCCGAUAUUGGUACAUGAAAAGGGAGUUCAUCAUUGUCGUGACGUCGUUCCUCUUCAUUUUACCGCUUUGUUUUCCGAAGCGCAUUGCGUUUUUGAAGUAUGCGAGCUUCUUCGGAGUAUUCGCUAUAUUUUAUCUGAACUGCAUUAUCGCGUAUAAAUAUUUUUCCGGAAAUUUCGUGCCUGGCGAAAUCGUCACUCGUCCGAAAGUAUGGACCGAUGUUUUCGCUGUCGUUCCUGUGAUAUGCUUUGGCUAUCAGUGCCACGUAAGCUGUGUACCGAUUUAUUCGUGUCUGGAGAAAAGAAGUCUCGGAACAUUCGUGAAGUCGGUAAUUUUAGCUCUGGGAAUUUGUGCCAUAACUUACUCGAUUGCCGGUGUUUUGGGAUACUUGAUGUUCGGCGCAAGCGUGCCGAGUGACAUUCUAGAAGCUUUUGACGCUCACGAGCCUCUUGUGCUUAUUGGAAUAAUUUCACUUGCGUUGAAAAUGUAUACGACUUAUCCGAUCCUCCUCUUUUGCGGCAGGGAAGCUGUUAACCAGUUGUUUUUGGAGUGUCGGAGAUUCCAACACCCGACCCAAUCUGCGAGAGGCGAGAAAACUAGGAGAAUAUCGAUAGCUUCCGUGUGGUUUGCGACGACAUUGAUUGUAGCCGUCGUUGUGCCGACCAUUACGACUGUGAUAGAUUUUCUCGGAAGUCUUGCCGCCAUAUUCAUUUUCUUCUUUCCUGGUGUUUGUUUGCUGAAAUUGACUCUGCAAGACUCAGACAUGCAAAGGGACCAGUUGCGAAGAAAAACGCUUGCCCAACUGGUCCUGGGAACAGCCAGUGUUGGGCUUGGAGUUCUACUUUUCAUGCUAGUUCUCCUGCAAACCAUCAUGGAUCGAUUCAUCCAUGGAGACGGGGAAAGUGCAGUUUGUGAAGAGAUGGCACCUAAGAAGGCAGCCAGAAAAGCAAUUUUUAAAGUGAAACAAGUAAUCCAAAAGAAAGAAGCUGGAGGCAAAGUGACAGAAAUUGCAAGAGAAUAUGGUGUUGGGCACUCUACCAUAAGCAACAUCCUUGUACAGAAGGACAAAAUCAUGCAGUCUUGUGUUGCUAAGGAAGUUACAAGGAUCAGUGGGAGAAUUUCCCUCCUUGAAGAAAUGGAGAAGCUCUUGGCCAUCUGGAUCAGUGAGAGGGAGUUGAAAAGAGAUGGGUGUAAAGGAGAGGCAAGUGAUGGCCAUGGUCUAGUGGAGGCCAUUGUCCAAAUAGCCAAAGAAAUCCACAUGGAAGUGGAAGAGAGUGACAUUGAAGAACAGAAGGGGGAACUCAGCACAGAGGAGCUGCAG